AUGCCCACUAUUCCUGCCCGUCGGUUUGCGAUGCAACGACUGCACGUUGGCCAGUCGAUCAAGGUCAUAGACUCCUCGGGCGGUCAGGUCAUCGACACCUGGGCUUUUACUAUUCCCUCAACACCCACCUUUCCCAGAUAUAUGUCAAUGACUCACACUCGGUCUACCUUGCAUAAACUUCUUCCAUCCGUUAACGAAUCAUUCCUGGACAACAGACGGGAUCCUAUUUUGACAAUUGUCGAGGACACAUCUCCUGGCGUGCACGAAGUUCUCUACGCUGCUUGCUCUCCAGAACGUUACCUCCAACUUGGCAGCGAUAAAGACCAUGAUAACUGCGCCGGUAAUCUUCGCAGUGCUGUACAGCAAUGUGUUGAACCAUCAUUCAGCUAUAUUACUGGGUUUCUAGAGAGCGGCUGGGUACCCGAUCCACUGAAUCUAUUCAUGAAGGUCGACAUCAAUGGCACCAAGCUACAAUGCAUGAACCCGGAUAGCAAGGUGGGGGACUAUAUUGUAUUGAAAGCGGAGCAAGAAUGUGUUGUAAUUAUGAGUGCCUGUCCGAUGGAUUUAAGUGCUUGUAACGGGGGCGAGCCCAGCAGCGCAGAUUUUGAAGUUCUUUGA